GGGGGGGGGCGGUGGGUCGCGCCCGGCCGGCCCGGGCCUUGCCCUCGCCGGGCGCCAUGAGCCAGGGCGGAGGGGCCACCGGCGAGAGCGGCGAGCCGGAGGCCAAGGUGCUGCACACCAAGCGGCUGUACCGGAAACAGGUUUGUAUUGGAGAUGCCCUCCAGGAUGCCUCCUACCCUGUGCUCGAGGGGAAGGUGAAAUACCCUCCAAUGUCCCUGCUCAGAUCGUCCCUGGAAGGAGACUUUUCUGUACUUCACAUUUGGCAGGCGUUUGAGUCCUGGUGCAUAGCAGUGGUAGAGGCUGUUCAUCGAUUGGAUCUCAUCCUUGGUAAUAAGGCAGCGUAUCAAGAAGUGUUCAAGCCAGAGAACAUCAGCUUGAGGAACAAGCUGCGGGAGUUGUGUGUAAAGCUGAUGUUCUUGCAUCCAGUGGAUUAUGGAAGAAAAGCAGAAGAACUGCUUUGGAGAAAAGUUUACUAUGAAGUUAUCCAGCUCAUUAAAACAAAUAAAAAGCACAUUCACAGCCGUAGCACUCUGGAGUGUGCGUACCGGACUCACUUAGUUGCUGGCAUAGGAUUUUACCAGCACCUUCUCCUCUACAUUCAGUCUCACUAUCAGCUAGAGUUGCAGUGCUGUAUUGACUGGACGCAUGUAACGGACCCUCUAAUAGGCUGCAAGAAACCUGUGUCUGCAUCAGAGAAGGAGAUGGAGUGGGCACAGAUGGCAUGUCACAGAUGUCUGGUUUAUCUGGGAGAUCUAGCUCGCUAUCAGAAUGAACUGGCAGGUGUGGACACAGAGUUGCUGGCUGAGCGGUUUUACUAUCAAGCCCUUUCUGUUGCACCACAAAUUGGCAUGCCCUUUAACCAGCUGGGGACAUUGGCAGGGAGCAAAUACUACAAUGUGGAAGCUACCUAUUGCUACUUACGCUGUAUCCAGUCUGAAGUGUCCUUUGAAGGUGCCUAUGGGAACCUGAAGCGGCUGUAUGACAAAGCCGCCAAAAUGUAUCAUCAGUUGAAGAAAUGUGAAACCAGGAAGUUGUCUCCAAGCAAGAAGCGAGGCAAAGACAUUAAGAGGUUGCUGGUGAGCUUUAUGUACCUGCAGAGUCUUUUGCAGCCAAAGAGCAGCUCUCUGGAUUCUGAGCUGACGUCUCUCUGCCAGUCUGUGCUGGAGGAUUUCAACCUGUGCUUGUUCUACCUGCCCUCUCCUCCUAAUCUGAGCUCAACUAGUGAAGAUGAAGAAGAGUAUGAGAGUGGCUACUCCUUCCUUCCUGAUCUCCUGAUCUUUCGCAUGGUGAUCAUCUGCCUUAUGAGUGUUCACAGCCUCAAGAGGGCAGGUUCAAAGCAGUACAGUGCAGCCAUCGCUUUCACGCUGGCCCUCUUCUCUCACCUGAUAAAUCACGUCAAUAUUCGCCUGCAGGCAGAGCUAGAAGAAGGGGAAAAUCCAGUCCCAGCCUUUCAGAGUGAUGGCACAGAUGACCAGGAGCCACGGGAGCCAUUGAACUCAAUUGAGAAGGCAACUGAAGCUGACUUGGCCAAUCAUCAGCCCAGUGAGGAACAACGGAAGAAUGACUGCAAGAAAAGCAAGAAAUACUCCCGCCUUUCCUGUUUGCGCCGCCGCCGCCACCCCCAGAAGGUGGAUGAGAGUGACCUGAGUGAGGGCUUUGACUCUGACUCCAGCCAGGGCUCCAUAAAGGGCAGUGAUGGCUCAGAAAGUGGCUCAGAGAAGAGUGAUGAGGAAGCAGAAGCUGCUUUUGAUGUGGAGACGGACUCUGACAUGAACAGCCAAGAAUCUCGGUCCGACUUGGAGGACAUGGAGGAUGAGGAAGGAAGCAGCCAAGGCAAAAGCGGGCUCAAAGAAGCCUUAAAAAACUGUGUGGAUGGCAGUGGGCUGGGGGACUCCAAGGGCCCAAGCAUCUCUAAAAUUGAGGCUCCGGAUCCAGCAGUCAAUGGGCCAGCUUCCCUGAGCACUAAUGAUGCAAGCAUAGCCAGUAAUCUCCAGGCCAUGUCCACCCAGCUGUUUCAGACCAAACGCUGCUUUCGCUUGGCUCCCACUUUCAGCAACAUCCUUCUGAAACCGAACAGUGAACCACCCAUCUUGAAGGAUGGAAUAGAAAGUAAGCCAUGUGUCAAUGGAGAUGUGGAGAAGCCCAGCUUGGUGGAGCAAGAUGAUGUGUCUGACUCUGAGGAAAGCAUUUCAAGUAACAAAUCCUGCAGGAAUGAGCGGUCCCUUCAGGAGAAGCUAGAGAUCGUGACCAACGAAGGGCUGCUUCUCACUGUCAAGGUGUUCCUGGACUGGCUGAGGACAAACACGGACCUCAUCAUCAUGUGUGCUCAGAGCUCUCAGAGCCUGUGGAACAGGCUGUCUGUGCUCCUGAACCUUCUGCCUUCUGCUGCAGACCUGCAGGAAUCAGGGCUGGCCCUAUGUAAUGAAGUCAAGGACAUUCUGAGUGGUGCUGAGCUCCCAGACCUGAAAGCCAACUUGCUGCUACCAGAAGAUGUGGCCUUGCGAAAUCUUCCCCCUCUGAAAAAUGCACACAAGAGGUUUAACUUUGAGCAGGACCGGCCCAUUUUCUCGGCAGUUGAGGAGUCUGUUGUUCGGAUUUGCUGCAUUCGGAGCUUUGGCCACUUCAUUACCCACUUGCAAGGCAGCAUCCUGCAGUUCAACUCAGAGCUUGGGAUCUUCAUCAGCAUAGCACAGUCGGAGCAAGACAACUUGCUGCACCAGGCCCAAGCCCAGUUUCACAUGGCUGCAGAGGAAGCUCGUCGGAACAGGCUAAUGAGAGAUAUGGCUCAGCUUCGACUGCAGCUGGAGGUUUCUCAGCUGGAGGGAAGUCUCCAGCAGCCCAAAGCACAGUCAGCCAUGUCUCCUUAUCUUGUCCCGGACACCCAGGCUCUCUGCCAGCACCUGGCUGUUGUCAAGCAGCUGGCCACCAGCGGGAGGUUCAUAAUCAUCAUCCCUCGAACAGUGAUCGAUGGCUUAGACUUCCUGAAAAAGGAGAACGCAGGUGCUCGGGACAGCAUCCGGUAUCUGGAGGCAGAAUUUAAAAAGGGAAACAGGUACAUUCGUUGCCAGAAGGAUGUUGGGAAGAGCUUUGAGAGACAUAAACUGAAGAGACAAGAUUUAGAUGCCUGGAAUCUCUAUAAAAUACUGGACAGCUGCAAACAACUGACAGUGUCCCAAGGAAGCGGAGAGGAUGACACCACAGGAAUGGUCACCAUCAUCACGGGCUUUCAGCUGGAGGACCCAAGCAAGUUCUCAGCGCCCAUGCAGUCUGCCAUCCAGGCAGCCACCAAUGCCAGUGUAGAAAUAAAAAAUGUUCUGGAGUUCUACAAGCAGUGGAAAGAGAUGGGCUGAUGUUCAGAAAGGCAUCAGGUUGGUGUACCUUUCUCUCUCCCUCUUGGAACGUGCAGCGUCUGAACAAAGGAAACAAAAAUCCAGGUGACACUUAGACACGAAGAAGCAGCAGCAGCAACAAUAACAAAAAUAUCUACCAAAAAAAAAAAUCCAAUUUGGGCACGCACACAGACACCCUUCACCUGUAUCCCAACCAGACGGCUGUACAUCUCCGACAGCGCCAACUGCUCUGAGAAGAGAGAGGCACCUCGGCACGGCCGAGGCAGAGCUCUGCCCUUCUCCCAGUCGGCAGAGAUGGGCGAGAGACAGGCAGUCAUUCAUUCCCCCCUCGUUCCUCCCCAAAGCUUGCUUGGUCAUCUGAAAUGGGCAGGCAGCUUCUAAAGCGUGGACUUUACUUAAAUGAAACCAAACCAGCGCAGCAGAAAUGGGGCCCUCCUAGCUUGGGAAAGAAGUUCCAAAGAGUGUUUAGCUCUUGUCUGGCAAUCUGGUGACAGGAAAGCAGAUACUAUUCCUUUUUUUUUUUUUUUUUAUUCCCCUCCUUUGAAUUAAUUAUUUUUCAAGGGUUUUUCCCUUUUAAUUCUUAGUUUUUAUAUAUAUAAAAAAUAUAGAAAUAAAAAAAAGAAAAAGUGGAGUUCCUUUGGGGUUCUGGAUACUCUUCCAAUGUCAGAGAGAAAAGGAAACAAUUAUGCUAUUUAAAAGGGGGGGAAAGCUCUUAAUAUAAUUUUUUUUUUCUUUCAACAAGCAUAUUUAUUUCCUUUCCCUGUCCCCCAUGGAGUGCGCUCAGUGCAAAGGGAUGUUGGCCUGCAAGAAGAGAGCAGUCUGAAGUGCCCUGAUGGGCUUGGUGCACCUCCUUGCUCUCCUUACAAGCUGCAUGCUUCAUGAGCAACAAGAGGUUAGCCGGGCUGCUUGAGAGAGGUGAAAAGGACUCUGUUCCUCCUUCCCCAGUCCCUCCUACUUCUUUGCUUCCAGCAUUAGACCUUGGAGAAAAGGAAUGGAAUCCAGCAGAGUUGCUGGAAGAGAGAGAAGAGCUGUGUGGGAUUUAAACGCUGAUAAGGCUCAACCACUUGGCUUGAGUGCUGUGACCCUGGGAUGGAGCAGACAUCUCCGAAGGACCCAAUGCCUCUUUUUUUUUUUUUUUUUCCCUUUUUUUUUUUUUUUUUUUUCCCCCUUCCCCUUCUAAAUCUUGCAGUGAGGUGUGGAGGAGGAAGGAGGAUCUCAAAGCCAUUAUCUCUUUUUCUGGUUGUUCUGACACACUGCUGCUGCUAUGCCAUGCUAGAGAGGGUGGCAGAACUUGAGUGUAACCCCCCUCCUCACAUCCCUCCAGGCAAAGGCAGUGCAGUGACCGCCAUUGCCCAGGAGGACUGAGCUCACAAACCAUUCAGUGCUUUUAGCAUCCCAAAAAGAAAGGAUGAUGCUACCUGGACGGAUGCUGGAAGAGCUAAUUCCCCAUGUGACCUGUGAGGGACUUUUCAGACCUCCACCCUGACAGCAUCUCAAGCAACCUGUGUCUGACAUCCUGUCACAUGCUGAUGCUGGGAAAUGAAGAAAUGGGUUGCCCCCAGGACAGCAGAGUGGUGGGAGAUAGCCUGAACAGCCUCUUUGUAGUUCAUCUGUGUCAAUGUACUCAAGAAACAGAUGUCUCCAUCCACAUGAACUAACAGCAGCUAUGCAAGUUAAAACCACUAUCUUCUACAUUUGCGUGUUUUUUCACAUGGGUCAGCCAGAAACUGCUACAAAAUGGAUGUAAUAUGGAAAGACAAGUGACAUACUCCAAUCUGUGCAGACUUCCUAGCAUGAUGCAUUGUACUGGAGUGGCAGGAUGUUCCUUGUUUUCAGGUAAAAACUAAAAAAACCAGCACAAGUCCCAGAGGAUUCAUUUAUAUUCCAAUUUCAGUUCCUUUGCAGCAUGCAGCCUUGUAGCACAGCAAAGAGAAAUGCCAAGCUUUAAGUUACAGCUGGAGCUGGCUGUACAAGGUCCAUACCUUGUGGUCUGAAAGGCAGGUGGAGGCUGUAGAGUGGCAGUGUUUCCCUACAGGUUUUUCCUUUUGCAGCUUCUCCUGAAACUUGCGGUGCUUUCCUAGGCUAAGCCAAGGAAACAACAUAAGCAGAACGGCAGGUCAAAGACUCUAGCUCAUCUUGGGUGUUCUUGGAGAUCCAAGAUGGGCUGUGAAGCUUGUCAGUCACUCUUUCCUCCAGUGCUACCAGUGUUUUUAUUUGAAGCCAUUUGUUUGUCUAGCUCAUUAUUUUGGUUUGAUGGGGUGGGAAAAGAAAAGAGAAUCAACUUGUGGGACUUGUCCUUCGGUGUAUGAGCCAGAGCAGUGUGGUGAAGUGGAGAGCAGUCGGCUCCCCUUCUGCCCCUCAGUUGACUUGGAGAGUGCUGCUCAGUUAUUGAGAUACACUCCUUGUUCGGUAGAAGCCUGGCUCGGUGGGAUGGAUAGCUGGUGGACUUUGCUUUUUUUUUUUUUUUUUUUCCCCUGCUGCUUAAGAAAACCAUCUGCCUUGCUGCAAAGCACAUCAGAAGGGUCUGCAGUCUGCACCUCUCUUCUGGAGGUCUGCUUGAGCUGAAGCCUGGUUGUAUUUGCAGUCCUGAGAGGCCUAAUUGUCAUUCCUUUCUGGCUGCAUAGUGCAAAGCGUGCACUUGGGGUUGGUAAAAAAAAGAGCAUUGCUUGGCUGAAAUCAAAAUAGGGAGGAGCUGGAGGCAUUCCUCAGCUUUGCUCUGGGCCAGGUAUUCCCUUGUCCACAGCUAGAUCUUGAGGGGAGAAAAGAGCAAUGCAAAUAAAGCAGCAACGAAAAGGGAAUGCCUGUCAUGCCAGUCACAAGUGUCUUGGUUCAUACAGCUCCCCAGGCUGCUGGUGGUGCAGGAUGAGAGCUGGGAGUCAAGUGCUAUGGGGUCAGGGCAGCAGACAAGGUUGGUGCUGUCAUUGAACGGGGUGGGAGCAAGGGGUCACAGUCCAGUACAGAAGAUGGGCUAACACAGUCCAUCCAUGUCCUGAAUCAGACUGAUGGUUUGUUUGGGCUGAACACAGAAGUCAGUUUAAGAACAAAAGUAAAUAAACUUGACAUUUCUGUAACAAGAUGUUGUUGCUGAGCUGCAGUGAGCCCACUUAGGGGCCACAUGGUGAAAUCAGAGGGCUUCUUUCUAAAAGGCAGCAAGGCUGUUGCCUUACUUUCCUCAUAACCAUCUCUUAGUAACUGCCCUGGUCUCCUGAGGGGUUGUUUUAAUAUUACCCUGAGGUUUUGCACACCUGGAGAGGAGGAAAACACCCUAGCCCUUCAAUGGGGAAUCUUAACUGCCCAGUGGCACCUUUCAGUACACUGUACCUCUGGGCUGAGUGGGGAGGGAUAGUAACCUUUUAAAAAAGGCACCUGAAAGAUCCAUGUGCCACCCUGCUUCCUCUCCAGAACAUGCAGCUACAGUUGAGGACCUAAUGAAUUUUUUUUUGGAUGCACAUCCCCAGUCAGAGAUACACAAAGCUGAAAAAGUGGGAGACUUAAAAGCUCCAGAACAGCAUAGCUGCAGAGUGGCCUUGGAAGAUGACAAGCUGUGUCCUCUGGCAAGUGUUGCCUUCUAAUGGAGGCUCAAUUUGACGUCUUUAAGAUUGGGGUAAAGGAAAACACUUCUUAGCCCCAAUCCCAGCACUCACGAUGAGUUGGAAUACCCUCCCUGGGUAUAAAUUGAUACAGAUCUGCUAUGUCCAAGGGCCUAUGCCAGUUUGCGCCACGCGGGAUUUGGUGCAUCUCUUCCAAGUCCCGACCAAGAAGCCAAAAGCAGGAGGCCAACUUCCCUGGCCUGUUGUGUUUCCUGCUGAUGCUAAGCAGUUCUCCAGGGCUAAAGGAAACUUGGAACGUCAGUACAGAGGCUCUAUGUAUCCUGGCAUGCUGCUCUGCCCAUGGCUCCUGAGUGCUGUGGCUGGGGUUUCCCGAGAGCUCACCACAGCAUAUUCAUGCCAGCUUGAGAGCGAGCCACAAACUGACUUGCCAAGCUAGCGUCAUGCGGUGAUGGAGCUUUGUGAAAGCUAGCUCUGGUCCACUGCUAAUCCAUAUGGUGCUCUUUCUGUACCAACUCAAGGCUUGCUAAGACCAGCUCCAAGCUAGUCCCGUAACGCCCACUGUGCUGGGAAGGAGAGCAAAAAGAAAAACAAUCUUGUGGGCUGAAAGCAUUGUUUUUAAUGUGUUUUUGUAUGUUUCUUGGUUUUGAUUUUCUGUUCGUUACCACCAUGUUGAGCUCUUGGAAGUUUAUAGGGUGACCCCAAGCUGGGAGAGCACAGGUUUGUGGUGAUUGAAGCUCGCUGGGUUUCCCAUGGAGGCAGUGCAGGGGCCAGGGGCUGUCCCCAUGCCAUGAUUGGUGGACACAGUCACUCUUGUGCUUGUUGGACUUUGGCUCAGCGUUUUCAUGGGCUGUGCCAAGCGACUCUUCCUCUGCUCCCAUCCUUGCUCAGCUCGAUGCCACCUGCAAUACCUUGGAUCUUUGCUUGCAUCUUAGAUUAUAUAUUUUUCUUUUCCUUCUUGUCAUCCAGCAGAGCUAGCCAGUCUGUCUGGGGCAGAAAACAGGGUGGGGAAAACGGGGUGGCUGCGAGAAUGGAGAAGGGCAGGAGGGUUGGCACAGGAUCCCUGUGUCACUCAUCCUGUCUCUGCUGGCAGGGAGAGGGCUGUUGCUUGGUUUGAGGCGAGGGACAAUCAUCUCUCCCUCAGUCCUCCUUUUCUAGCACAAAAAAGCCCAGCCUGUGGAUUUGUGCUUGGAUAGCUCUCACUGGGGGACCGAUGGGAUGGCUGUUGGACCCCAGCUGGGACGAGGAGGAGCUCGGGGGCUCUCACGGCAUGUGUCUUGACUGUGAUCCGAACACAUUGACUAGCUUAAUAAAAUAUGAGAUGUUUGUA